AUGCGCUUCUCAGUAGACUCCAUCCUAGCGCCGUCAAUCAAAGAAGACAGUGUUGCUUCGGACGACGUGGCCGCCACGAAUGAUCGGCUCGAGGAGCAGCCGAGCACGUCUCCGCCACCUAUUCUCGAGCCCGUCAUCAGUCGAAAGCGAAGUUUGACUGAGAGAGCAAGUUCCAGUACGCCGGAACCUCCUCGGAAGAGCUUUUGCAUAGACAAAGUCUUUAGUGGUACUGUCGCCUCUUUUUUCCGUUCAGAAUAUGUUCUUUAGACUCUUCUGGAAAUUUUUCAAAGUCUUCCCUGAGUGACGGUACCAGCCGGUCGAGUAGUAGAGAAAGUGCUCACGUAGAAGGCAAAGAAAGCGAUAAAGAAGAAUAUUUGGCACAUUGCUCGAAAACUUCGGACGGUGCUGAAUCAGACGAAGGCGAUUGUUCACCAAAGUGACUCGAUUUGCUCUUCUCGAAUUCAUUUUUGUCUUCAGUCGAUCCACCAUGGCUUCACAGAGGUCAAAAAGCGGACAUCCGAAGCCGCCGUUCUCCUACAUCGCCCUUAUCGCCAUGUCGAUCCUGAACGCUCCGGACAAAAAACUGACCUUAUCUCAAAUCUGCGACUUCAUCAUGAACAAAUUCGAAUAUUACAAGUGAGUUUUGGAGGAGAGCUUGCUAAAAAAAUAGUUAUCUUGCAGAGAAAAGUUCCCCGCGUGGCAGAACUCGAUCCGACACAACCUCAGUCUCAACGACUGUUUCGUGAAAGUCCCGCGAGAGCCUGGAAAUCCUGGGAAAGGAAACUACUGGGCCCUCGAUCCAAACGCCGAAGACAUGUUCGACAAUGGGUCUUUCUUGCGGCGGAGAAAACGGUUCGUUUUGGUUUUGUUCGUCCAAAAAUUGUCGGAGCGGUUAUAUCAUAACAAUUUCGAAGACUGGGUCUGAACUUACUGCACAGCUUGUAUCGUUAGAGGAUCGACGUAAAAGAAAUUUUAUUGAGACUGAAACUGACCCCGUUAUCACUCUAUCGAGUCCGUUUCAAUUCUUAUUUCUGAGGGAAUCGGCGCUGAAUUGUUUCCGCUCUCCCAAGCAUUGGAAACGGGUUCAAAUUAAUGCGAAUUAACAUAUUUGCGGCCGUUUUUCGUCCGAUAUCAUCUCACUGUUGCGUCAAGUCUCACGCUCAUGUGCAUUCCAACAAAAGCAUACCAAAACACUAAUUCUGAAAAUAAUCAGUUUAUCUUUUGAAAAUUUGAUAGAGUCGUACUAUCAUUGAAAACAACUUUGGAAUGGAUUUUCAUAGUUUUUCUCUCGUUCUGAAGGAAACGAGCUGAGUACGAAAAAAAGAUUAUUGAAAUUUAUUAGAAAUAUUUAGAAACAAGAAUUGUCUUGCGAACUCGCUUUCCGAAAAAGUGGGAGCUUAGAAAAUGCGGAACAUAUUUUUAUUCAAGAACAUAACGUUUUCAGCAUUUUCUUUAACAAAACGCGUUCUAUAAACAACAGAAGUUACUUUUUGGUGAAUGACAAUGUUUUCAAAGUAUCGUCAGUCUGAAAGAGCCGUGAUCAGGAAACCAAGAGGAUGUAUCCUUAUGACCAUUCUCGUCUGAUUAAAAUGAACAAGUUAUCAAGUCAAGAGACAUCAGACCGGUUUCAGGUACAAAAAGCAGUCGCAGGGCGGACACGACAUCGUGCCGAUGCAGUACCCUUCGUUCCUGCCGGCAGGACUUCUGCCGCCGCGAAUUCCAUUACUUCGGCCGCCGAUGAUGGUGGGACCGCCGCCGCCACCACUCCAUUUGAUGCGGCCACCUCCGCUGCCAGGCUUCUUCUUCCCGCCUCACAUAGAGCAUCAGAAGCUCCUGGCAAUGAUGGCCUCGCGCAUCUCCUCCGGUGCCUCCUGUCAAUCUCCGAAACUCGGUGAUGAAUUCGUCGAGUCUACGGAGUCGCAGCCUGCUUUAGUCGGUGUUCAACCUGAGUAG